AUGCCCGCACCUACCGCCCUCCAAAGAGCUGCCCCCGAGGACAUUGCUCAAAACUUGCACGAAACUCCCGUCGCUGCCAACGAUGAGGACGAUGAGAUGCUCAUCAGCACCACCGACGCCCCUGCUGUCCAGGCUACCGCCCAACCUUCAGAAGACACAGCCAUGACCGUCGACUCGCAACCACUUUUUGCUGCCGAGAAGGCUACCAACGCUCACGUCCGUUCCGAAUCGCGCAAGGUCGCCGUGCCGCCUCACCGUUGGACUCCCCUGAAGAAUGCCUGGCCCAAGGUCUAUCCUCCCNUGGUCGAACACCUCAAAUUGCAAUGCAGAGUCAAUACCAAGAACAAGAACGUCGAGCUUCGCACAAGCAGAUUCACCGAUGACACCGGAGCACUGCAGAAGGGCGCAGACUUUAUCCACGCUUUCUGCUUAGGAUUUGACUUGGACGACGCUAUUGCAUUGCUGCGUCUGGAUGAUCUGUACAUUGAGACUUUCGAGAUCAAGGAUGUCAAGACGCUUCAGGGCGAACAUCUGGGCAGAGCUAUUGGCNAGUAUGUGACAUUCAACGACCCAGUCAUCAGAACCGUGCUGACUGUAUUUCUAGGAAUUGCUGGAAAGGACGGAAAGACCAAGCACGCUAUUGAGAACGCAAGCAAAACUCGUGUAGUGCUCGCAGAUUCAAAGAUUCACAUUCUGGGUGGUAUGUUAUACCGAGCGGUUUUGUUUUUGCAAAACACUGACGACUUGCGCANNGGAUUCAAGAACAUCCACAUGGCCCGUACCGCGAUUGUCUCCCUUAUUCUUGGUAGCCCGCCAGCCAAGGUCUACGGCAACCUCAGAACCGUCGCCUCGAGAAUGAAGGAGCGCUUCUGA